UUUUUUUUUUUAACGGAUAAAAAAAGAAAAAAAAAACCGAAAACAAUACAAGAACAGAAUCUAGUAGUACCAUUGCUUCCUCUGUAACUACAAUGGCUCACUUUCUUGAUCUUAACAGCCUCACCAAGACUUUGCCUUGGAUCCCAAAACUACCUGAGAGUCGUAAAGUUGGAAAAUCCAGCGGGUUUGCUUGCAGGAGAACCGGAGAAUUUCAAGAACCGGAUUCAGUACAGAUCACAAGACGGAUGACAUUGGGGUCUGCUGUCUCCAUAGGCCUAACCGGAAUUUUCGGCGCAAAUAAUGUUUCUUUGGCACAAGACAACGGGUUUUGGAUCGAUGGCCCUCUUACAAUUCCUCCUAUUUACAACAAUAUCGUGAAUGAGAAGACUGGAACGAGGACGUUCAUAAAGAAAGGAGUGUAUGUAGCUGAUAUAGGGACGAAAGGAAGAAUGUAUAGAGUCAAAAAGAAUGCUUUUGAUCUGUUAGCAAUGGAGGACUUGAUCGGACCAGAUACUUUAAACUAUGUCAAAAAGUACCUGAGGCUUAAAUCCACCUUUUUGUUCUACGAUUUUGACAAUCUCAUCUCUGCUGCUGCCUCUGAAGACAAGCUACCUCUCACCGAUUUAGCCAACAGAUUGUUCGACAAUUUCGAAAAGCUUGAAGAUGCAGCAAAGACGAAAAAUUUAGCAGAGACAGAAUCGUGUUAUAAAGAUACAAAGUUUCUUCUUCAAGAGGUAAUGACCAGAAUGGCAUGAUCCUGCUUCAGUUUUCACCAGUUUAGUUGCUAUUGAAGAUUAUUCACGGUUGAUAGCUCUGUGGUCAUAAAUUGUAAUCGUUGCAUAAGAUAGGCGAAAAAUAUUGAAAUCUAGUAAAAGACAAUGUAAUAUAUAAGACCAAAAUAUGAUUCAACUUUAUAACGAAUUGGAUUUUGAUUUUUUCGCUU